UUUUUUUGGAAUAGUCUUUUUACAUCCAUAAUAUUAGCAUAACUACAAUUAGUUAGUUAAUUGUUAAUUAUCAAACUGAUCGCAAAUUGCUGCUACUAUUCCACAAUAAGUGCUCCUCCCUAUGGGUUAUCACCGUAAGGGGUAAUCACUCUAAUCAAAGGAAAAUAAGUAAAGUUGAGAAGAAAAAGUAAAGACAAAGUCGAGAUUACAGAGAAAAUCAAAUUAAUACAUCGAAUCAGAUUAGAAUUCUAGUAGUAGCCAUACUGUCAACGGUGUAGUCUGUGUGUAUUGGCGAAAUAUGUCGUACCCUCCAAGACCACCACAUCAUAUGGGGAUGCCUCCCAUGUUCGGGUCGUUUGGUGGACCUCCUGGAGGAAUGCCACCAAUGGGAAUUCCACCUUUAAUGCCAGGACAAGGGGGAAACCAGUUUUAUGGCGGUCCACCAAUGCCUCCAAACACAAAUGUACCUCCCCCGUUGAUGCGAAAUAACACUAUCACCAAGCCACCAAUGUUGGACGAGAAGCCGAUGGACCACCCUAUGCCAUAUCCUCAACCAACUGGCCCUCCAGUAACCGUAUUUGUUGGAAACAUAACUGAGAAGUGGCCAGAUGCAAUGAUUAGACAACUAUUGUCUACAUGUGGACAAGUCAUAAACUGGAAAAGGGUUCAAGGAGCGUCUGGGAAGUUGCAGGGUUUUGGAUUCUGUGAAUUCAAUGGUCCUGACGCAGGUCUAAGAGCUGUUAGACUGUUACAUGACUUACAAGUUGGUGAUAAAAAGAUGGUCGUCAAAGUAGAUGCCAAAACUCAAUCACUUUUAGAAGAAUACAAAGCUGAAAAACGCAAAAAAAAGAAUGAAUCAUCAGACGAAGGAAAGAAGAAUGGCAGUGGCGAUGGGUCGAAAUCUGAAGACGGAGAGAUUGCGGACUAUAUGGAUCACGAGAUGAAGGAGUUUGACGAAAGAUCUAAACAAAGGGUUGAAAUCAUAUUUAGAGAAUUUAAGAAUGAAAUUGAGGCUUACAUCCCACCGGGAAGCGAGAAAGCAAAAGCUGAUGCGGCUGGGAGCAAGCAGCAAAUCCAAGAUAAAUUACACUUGCUGAAAUUGAGCAGUAUUGACGCAACUUUAGCUGGUUCUGGUAUGCUGGGCGAUGAUCCGGAUUUGCCAGAGGAACUAGCCCAAGACGAGGGGAAAAGAGAAAUUAUAACUCGAGAGAUCAGCAUCUUUCGGGAAAGCAUGAAGCAAGAACAGGAACGUGAGGAGGAAAGGAAACGACUGGGCAGGGAACGAAGAGAGAAAGAACGCGAACGGGAAGAAAGAAAGCGUCAGCGUGAGAGGGAGAGUAAUAAAGGAGCGGAAGAUAUUACUUCACCAGAUCAUUUAUUAGGAAGAGACAGAAGGGAAAAGAGUGGCAGUAGAGAACGAGGAAAUAGAGACCGAGGCAUAAACCGAGAUAAUAAUAAUCGCCGUGAUAACAACAGGAGGGAUCGAGAUCGCCGUGACAGGUCGAGGGAUAGGAGAAGAAGGAGCAGGGAGAGAAGAUCAAAGUCACGUUCAGUGGAAAGGAUUCUUCGCUCGCCUGGACCAAUAUCUCUCGGGCCUAAACCACGAUACAGAGAACGUGAGGAGGAGGAGGAACAAGUUGAUCAGAAAAGAUUGGAAAGGAAAGCAAGGGAGAAAGAAGCUGCAUAUGAACAACGGCUACGAGACUGGGAAACUAGAGAAGCACAAAAGACUCGUGAAUACAAAAAAAUAAAAGAUAGACUGAAACGUCAAGAAGAAGAAUUGCAGAAAGAGGCCAAGAAAAUGAAGCAAUUUUUAGAGGAUUAUGAUGACGAGAAAUAUGACUCAAAAUAUUUCAGGGGUAAGGAACUUCAAAAACGACUCGGUGAUCGAGCUAGAGAAUUGGAAGAUGACAAUAAGGAUAGACAGAGAGAGCGAGAAGAACUUGAAGAAAUGAAGCUGAGAAUGAUGACCAGCGCUGCAAGGGCCACUCCCAAUUCCAACAGCACUUCUACAAUUGCCUCCACAUCUUCAUUACUAGAUAAAUAUAAGAAACCUUCUUUAGAACUGUCCACUCUUUCACCAACUACUCCAUCGCCACUCUUUUCAGGAUUAAAGAUGGAAUUGAAGCCCUCAAUUAAUAGCAGACUUCAAACACUUGCAAGCACUCAGUCACAAACUGGUUCUGCUUCUACUAAUGCUACGACAGCAGCAUAUUCAAGCAGUAAUCAUGUUUCUGACACUAAUAACAAGGAAGAAACCCCAUUUGAAAUUCCAGAAUCUAAAAAAUCUUCAGUCCCAGCCAAUCCCCCCGUCUCAGGUGUUAAGAUGUUGUCGAAUCCAACUACACCAAACCCGUUGAUAUCUCCUGUUCCGGCGGUUUCAAUAAUUAAGAGUCCGGCUUCAGCUACUAAAACUGCGCAUAUUUUUAAUCAGUCACCAAUUGGAAAGGAUGAUGAAGAUUCACGACAAAGUUUCUCUCCAGCUCCAUCCCCUGGCAUGGCCAGUGUCAGCCCUCAAAAUUUUAGCAGCAGAGAUGACGAUGACUCAUCAAUGCAUAGUCCACUUGAUGCUCCAAAAAGGAAAAAGAUGGAUGUGAAAGAUGUUUUUAACCAAGAUGAGGAUGACACCGACGGUUUUGGUCUUGCUCGGAAACGGAAGCUUGUUCCAUUAGAUUUUGGAGAUGAAGCCAACAAGAAAGCCAGGAAAGAGGACAAAAACCCCGAAGAGAAAAAACAAAAUAUCAAAGCAUUAAUCGACAAGAUACCUACAGAUAAGGAUGCCCUCUUUGAAUAUGAAAUUGAUUGGGAGAUGGUUGAUUCGUCUUUAAUGGAAAAGCGCAUUCGACCAUGGAUUAAUAAGAAAAUUGUCGAAUAUAUCGGAGAGCCAGAGCCGACUUUGGUAGAUUUUAUAUGUUCAAAAGUUUUAGGACGUAGUGCCCCCAAAAGCAUCCUUGAAGAUGUUGUGAUGGUUUUGGAUGAAGAAGCAGAGGUCUUUGUAGUAAAAAUGUGGCGACUUUUAGUCUAUGAAUGCGAAUAUCGCAGAUUUUUUAUGAAAUAGAAGCAAAGAAAUAGAUUUUCUGGUGGCAAAAGUCAGUAAAACGAUCACUUAGAGUUAUUGAAGUUUUUAUAAUUCUUGUAAAUGAAUUUGUGUUGACAUUAUUUACAUAUUGUUGUUUGAGUCAUAGCGUACUAGAUAUUUAUAACGUAUUUUGCAAGUAGGGACUAAAAUAAUUAAUUAAAUUAAUGUAAUACCUUCCUAUAUUGCCACGCGGACAACCAAGGAGUAAUAUAUAUCAUAGCACUUGAACCGUCAACAAUGGUGUUAUCAUGCUUAUGUGGACACAUUAUUAUUUCUCCGGUCCCUCUGCAUAUAUUUUUAAAAUUAUGGUCAACUCAUCACUUAAAUUUUAUGUAAACGCUGCAAUUUCGCAAUGACUACAUGGAAAUAAAUGCCAAGAUUCUGGAAUAAAUA